AUGGCAAAAUCGGUUUCCGUCAAACGUCUUCGCACUCGGAAAGCGUGUUUGCCAUGUAGACAGCGUAAACGGAAAUGUGAUGGCGAGCUUCCUUGUGGAAUGUGCACUGCGUACAGCUAUCAUUGUCAGUACGAUAAAGAAGAUGGACAUCCUGCACAUUUCGUGCAAAUGCCAGCACCAUACGUGGUGAAUGCUGAGAGAAGGGCCAAAGACGAGGUCGAGCUAGAGAAAAACGGAAUUACUGGCCACGUCAAAAAGGGUAUCCUUGACCCAAGCAAAUCCAGGUACAUGAGUUUAAAUUCUGCGAUUGCGUUCCCUCGAGCCCUUGGGCUGGAGCUCAAUUCGACCAAUCCACCCCACUUGCACUCUUUUGCAUGGAAUUGCGGCGUCAGGCCCGAGGAAAACACCGACACUCAUCCUAUAUUGCCGGACAUUGUUUCACAGGGAGAUUGCUUGCGUUUUGUUGACACCUAUUUUGCCGUUGUUCAUCCUGUGUUUGCUGUAGUGGACCGAAAGCAAAUCGAAAAAAGCAUUGGACGUUAUUGGGAUAGUCGCUCAACAUCUGCCUUUGGAGCUGUCAUUGCAGGAAUAAUGGCACUAGGAUCUUUUUUCUCUGGUGAUCAUGGCCAUCCUCGAGAAACAGACAUGGUACAUUAUGCGAAAGGCGUUCUCGAGGAUCCAAAGUACAGCCGUCUACCUACGGUGGAGCAAGUUUCCGCCUGGGUACUUCGGACAAUUUAUCUCAGAGCCACUACACGGCCACACACUGCGUGGCUCGCCAGUUGUGUAACAAUUCACCUCGCGGAGGCCACGGCCUUGCACCACGAAGCAGAAGAAAUCGAAUUAACUACAAGCUCACUUCCAGAUCAAGCUAAAUCAGAGCGGGCACGAAGAUUAUUCUGGACGGCCUGGUCCAUAAAUUCUAUUCUAUCCUAUGAUUACGGGCGUUCUUGUGUCGCAUUGAACACGACUAUUACUUGCUUACCAGCAACGCCAACUAAAAACAAUUACACGUUCCAGCUUGCUGAACUAGCACACUUAAUUCCCCAAGAGAAAGUAAACUCUAGUAAUGAUGUUCAAGUUGCACAGUUACUGAGCGCUUUGGAGCGUAUACACGAAAUGCCGGAAAUUCACCCGUUUAUAUCUCUAACUAAAGCGGAUCUUGCUCUUUCGUUUUACCGCCGCCUUCGCUUGCUGAAUCAUCUUCUGGAUAGCAGCGUUGUGCGACAAAUAGUGGAUAUUGGAGACGUAGCUCUCACCGCCAGUGUGGAUCUUGUACAACGAAACCACGUUUGGUGGAAUGUUCUCAGUGCCUCCUUCCAAUAUGUAUGCGCGCUGAUGGCUAUCGACACUCGUGAAAGUCUCGCACGCGUUGUCGAUGCAAAGAAAAUACUUGGUAACAUUGUGACAAUUUUGGGUACGCACAUAGCAAGAGAGGCAGAGGCCACAGUUGAACUUCUGCUUCGUGAUUCGGUUAAAAAAAAGCGGCAUGAGAUUGCACUUUUGGAAGGUGCGACUUUGAGUGAGGCCACCGCUGAAGUAAUGCAGUCGCCGGAAAUCAACUGGGAUAUUCUACUAGAUCCAUCCUACACUUUAGAUUACAUGCAGCGGGACUUUUCAAAUUUUUGA